CCGCACAGCCCUGGUGUCAGCAGCAGCAGCAGCAGGGAGUGUCCCCUGUGCAGACUGGCCAGGCUGGAGCUGAGCAAGGCCAUGGCUGCUAUAAAAGCCUUGUGAGGGCCAGACUGGACCAAGCACUGCCCUGGCCACCUUCUCCUCCUCAGGAACAAGGAGCUGCCUCGCAUCCCACGCCAAGAUGUCCUGCUACGACCUGUGCCCCCCCAGGACCAGCACAGACCUGUGCCCGCCCAGAACCAGCGUGGCUGUGCCCCAGCCCAUCGCUGAGAGCUGCAACGAGCUGUGCGCCCGCCAGUGCCCCGACUCCUCUGCCUUCAUCCAGCCACCACCCGUGGUGGUCACCUUCCCCGGCCCCAUCCUCAGCUCCUUCCCCCAGCAGGCCGUGGUGGGCUCCUCCGGAGCACCGGCCUUUGGCGGCUCCCUGGGGCUGGGCGGCCUCUACGGCGCCGGCGCCACCCAGGCCUCGGGGGGCCUCUGCACCUUUGGCAGGGCCUACGCUGCUCCCGCCUGCAGCCCUUGCGCCUGGCCCCGCUACAGCAAGAAGCUCUGGGACACCUGCGGGCCCUGCUAGACUCAUCCCAGAGCCUUUUUCAUCUGUCAGCAACGGAGAACUCUAGAAGUUGUUAAUCUCAAUUAUUGCCAUCAUUAGUCUUUUUUAAAAUCCUUUUCUUUUCCUAUGCUUUGGGUUUUACUUUGUCUCCAGUGUUAAGAUCUAGUCCCUAAUGUUCUCUUUUGUGAAUUAUUUUGUGUAACAAUUUCAUUGUUCUUUCAUUUUCUUUGGUCUUCUUUGGUCUUUAUUAUGUCAAUUUUUACCAACCUCAUGUCAUAUUUGCAUUUUUUUAGCUCUGCUUGUAGACAUCUUAAUGAGUUAAAAAUUUUAGCUUUAUUUUUUUUUAUUCUCUUCGUACCUCUUGUUUUCCCA